CUUCAGCGGAACUUCAUUCAACAGAGAGAGUGACACUGAAGUAGACAGAAGAUCUUCAGCAGAAAUCUAUUCAGCAACAAAGUCAAGAAUGAACAGAGCAACAGCUGUACUGACUGCCAUCCUGCUCCUGUGUGCUAUUGCUGCACAGGGUAUUCCAAUCCCAGGUACUCUAGGACGGUGUCAAUGUCCCACGACCAGCUCUAAUUUUAUCAAUCUGAAGACCAUCAAGAAUUUACAAUACAUUCCCAAAGGACCACAUUGUGAGACACAGGAGAUAAUCAUCACCAAGAAAAAUGAGCAGAAAGUUUGUGUGAACCCUGAUGCCAAGUGGGUGAAGAUUAUCAUUAAAUCCAGAAAAGGUUCCAGACGACGUAACUGAGAAUUGAAGCUGCAAAGGGAUUCAUUUGAUUGCCCCCUGGGAAAGUUGCUGUACAGUGAACACUGAAAUGAAGGAAGCUCCCUGAAGGGCAUUCACUUUCUGACAUCACUGUCCAAUAUGUUGUUUAAGCAGUUCCCCUGCUUUGAUUCUCUGAAAUCUAACUCAGUGUUCAACCCUCUUGCACUGUAAUUGUUUACACAGGACUAAGAAAUCAGACUGCCAUCAAGAAAAUUUGUACAGUGCUGGAGGGAUUCUGUUCAUGGGAUGUGAUUAGUACGAUUUUGCUGAAGUGGUCUGGCACUGUUGCGAGAUAGCAAUUUGUUAGCCGUCUCCAUAAGCAUUGGAAAAUAAUUUUCAAUCAAAAAAGUUGCAGGUAGUAAAGAAAAUCUUAAAAGACUUGUAAACUACGGCAGGAAUCAAAAUGAAACCGAUCUAUUAGGUUUCAAAUGCUUUUAUUAUUAAGACAAUUGAUGCCAUUUUUUCCAAUAAUUUGAUUUAUUGACUCAUGGUAAAUUUUUUCACUAAAUUUGUGCAUCAUUGCCAAAGCCAGCACUUUUAUCCCCCAUUCCUUUAUGCACAUGUGAAUGUGCUGGUAAGCGACUUUGUUGAACUGCUGCAGUUCUUCUGGCUGUGAGGAGAGGAGAGAUCUGAUGGCAAAGCAAGGCAAAAUAGACAGGCAAUGGGACAAGUGAAGGAAUAACAGCUGUGUUACGAGGAGUUAUAAAUGGGAAAAUACAGAACGGCGAACAAAUUGCUACAGUCCAACGAGAAGGUGGAGGGGCAGGGAUUGUGAUUGGAAACUGUUUACCAUAGUGUUGAUUCUGGACUUGGAGAUGCCUGUGUUGGACUGGGGUGUACAAAGUUAAAAAUCACACAACACCAGGUUAUAGUCCAACAGGUUUAA